AUGAGCAGCGAAUAGUAAGGCCGAGAUCCAUUCCGGUUUCCUUGCCUAUCUCCUGCGUUUUUCCUCCCUUUAGUGCUCUUUAAUUACAGAGCUUUUUCUCCUCUGCAGUGAUUUCCUCUUCAAGCUGCUUUUGAUCGGAGACUCUUCCGUUGGCAAGUCGUGUCUUCUUCUGAGAUUCUCUGUGAGUGAGAUCUCUGUCCUUGUUCGGCGCUGUUCUCAUUGUAUUUGAUGGAAGGGAGGAACUAAGCUCGGAGUAACAUUUUAUUGUAAAUUUAAUGGUAAUCUUGGUGCGGUGACCUCGUCUCAGAUACAAAACUUGUCAUGUCUGAGAUGUCUUUUUGUUUGUAUUUGUUGGUUUCAUUCUAUCCUUUGUUCCCAUUAUGAACAAAUGCUGCAAUAUUUUUAUUAUAGAUAUGAACAUUGUGUUCAGAAUUUUUGGUUUUAUUUGUUCACAUACGGUUUUCUCGUUUAAAUUUGGGGUCUGAUGAGAUAAUUUUCUUCUUGCGCACUUUUUCCAGGAUGACUCCUAUGUUGAUAGCUAUAUCAGUACGAUUGGAGUUGAUUUUGUAAGUUUAUAAUUUGCCUAUCUCUUUAGAUAGCCUGUAAACUCUCAGGUAUAUGUUAUUGACGCUGUGGUGAGCGGUGAAAUUAAGAUUUUCCUUUUUCCUUUUUUUAUUACAGAAGAUCAGAACUGUCGAAUUGGAUGGAAAGACUAUAAAGCUGCAAAUUGUAAGUGGGGUUUCUCAUAUCUCAGUGUAUUUUAGCGAUUUUUUUUGAGUAAAUUCUGAUAUAUCACGAUGUUUGGACAUUUGUAGAUCUUUGAGAAAUCGCGUUUUUAUCUCAGCAGAACCUUGUCCUUCACUGAAAAUCAUCACCAUUGCUUGUUUUAUUUCUUCUUUUCCCACAGUUAAAGAUGAUAUGCUGAUGAGUUGGAGACUCUUAUCCAUUGUCAUAAGUUCUUCUCUUAUGUAACUCUGACAGACAAUUCUCGAAUUUUCGUUUUUCCAUCUUAGGAUUAGGUUGCUUCAGUAGCCCUUUCUCAAAUGACUCCUUCUAUGAGAAAGCUUGAGCAAGCGACAAUAUGUUCCUGGGGAUAUGUAGUCUGUAAUUGGAACAAACUGGAAAACUGCUGUGGUGAUGUAAUCUAGUUCUUCUAAUGUGUUUUUUGUGCACAAGUCGCACACUCGUUUUCUGUAUCUCCUUGUUUUGGAAAGCAGAAAUUCUGGCAAAGGUUAUUACUAUUUAUUCCGUUCUUCUGUUCCGUGGCCUGAAGAUUGUUGUGUAUGCUUGAGCCUAUAGCUGUAUCAUGUUUAGUUUUUAUAUGUACACGUUCCUAUUUUACUUUAAUUUUUUCGGCUACUUUAUUUCUUUUUCUAAGAAACUGUUCAGCUCUAAAUACUGUGGUCAUUUAUCUGAUAAUUCUGUAUUCUUGGUGAACCUUUUUUUUGAUGCAACGUGGGGUGUUAGACAGUUCCGAAAUGAACAAAGUUAUCUACCCAGAAUUGGUAAAUAAAUAACUGCCAGGAUUUGUGCUCAAUUCAGUAACUGUCGCUACAUUUGUUGGUAUAAGGUUAUUUUUAAAAAAGACAAUCUUUUUGAUGCUUACUUUGAUGAAUGUUACCCAAAAUUAUCCUUGAAUAUUAAGAAACUUGUUCUGUUCUUGUUUCUUAGUGGGAUACUGCAGGACAGGAACGCUUCAGGACCAUAACUAGCAGUUAUUAUCGUGGAGCACAUGGAAUUAUUGUAAUAGCUUCCUGCCCAUUGUCUUUCAGAAUUUUUGUUCUUCCUGAAAUUUCGUCUCUGUUGUGUUGAUGUGAAUAGGAGCCCAACUGCAACCUGUUGUGAUUAAUAGACGUCCGAAUUUCAUAGAUGUUGAUUACGCUGAUAUUCUUGAGCGGAAGUACCAUUUGGAAACCCGUGAAAGAAUGUUGCUGAAAUCGUCGCGGCGACUACUAUUUUUUCUCUUUAAAAUUAUGUUAUUUUUCUCAUUAAACACAUUUCCGCACAAAGUAUUGCUGAAAUCGUUUCAUUUUAUUUAAUUGGUUUUUUCAUGGUUUAUUGCUCAUGGCGUCGUAAGUAACAUAUCUUGCUCUUCUUUUUCCUUUUCUUUCCUUGAUACAAAAAAACUGUGGUGAGCCAGCGUUUGUGAUUUUUUCAGAUUGUUUAUGAUGUUACUGAGAUGGAAAGUUUCAACAAUGUCAAGCAAUGGUUGAGUGAAAUAGAUAGAUAUGCGAAUGACAGUGUCUGCAAGCUUCUCGUUGGGAACAAAUGCGAUUUGGUUGAGGACAAAGUCGUGGACACGGAGAAGGCAAAGGUAAUCUCGGAUUUUCAAGUACUAUUUAUUAUUUACUGACCAUUUCUGUUUUUUUUUUUAAUUAUGCAUCAAAUCGCAGAACAGGACAUGCAAACUACCAUAAUAACAUAUGAACCCUUAUGAUACCUGGUAUGAAUGCACUGUGGCGAACGAUUACUAAACUUGAAGGAAGAACACUGCAGAAUUCACUUUUAUCGCGGGGGUUUUAUGAUUUUAUGAUCGUUACAACAAGGGAUGUGGCCAUUCUGUUGAGUGUAAACUACUGUGAAUGUGUUCUCCGAUCAUUUGAUUCUUGCCUUUGCAUCCUAUCAUUUCCAAGACGUUCAAAAGGGGAAAGCAAGGGUCUCUGGUGAUGAAUGAUUGCCAUGAACCUUCUUCUCUUCAACUAGUGAUUAUGAUCUGACCAUGGACUGGUGGUUUUUCUCCUUACAUCACAAAAUGCAGGCCUUUGCUGAUGAGCUUGGUAUUCCCUUCCUCGAAACCAGUGCAAAAGACUCGAUCAAUGUUGAGCAAGCCUUCUUAACCAUGUCUGCAGAGAUUAAAAAAAGGUGAGUUUGCUAAAAAUGCUCCGCAUUCACCCAUCGACUGAGUGAAUGAGAAUCCGUAAGCUCCUGAUUUGAGCGAUGUCGGGUUAAAGAGAAAGAUAAGAGUAUAGGUUCCGAUCAAUGUUGAUCCUUUUUUUACCUUUUUUUUUUUCUGUGGAUGCAACCCAUUUAUUAGUUUUAUUUGUUCUUAAUGAGGAGAAAGAUGGUAAUUUCUGUGCCAUCUUCUUCUUUCUCGGACCGGUGUGGGUCUCCUGUGGGGCUUUUCAUUCUUUCUCUCGUCCGCAGUGUUGACAUUGCCGCCCCCCCUCCCUUCCUGAAUUUUUUUCAACUCCAGCCCAUUCGAUUUCCUUUUGAAUAAUCGCGUCACAUUGUUAUUUAAUGGGAGGGCAAAUCUGCCAUCCUAUCUCACCCUGGGUUGCUUCUCUUGUCUCCCUCCCUUUACGUGACCUCGUUUCGUCCAUUUGCAGGAUGGGAAGCCAACCAGGCUCCGACAGGCCGUCCUCAAGCACCGUCCAAAUGAGGGGACGACCCAUUCAGCAGGAAAGCAACUGCUGCGGCUGA